CGCCCCGCACAUUCACGCGUCCCGCCGCAGCCAUGGCCGACCACGUCAAGCAGACCAAGAACGCCAUCAACGCCAAGAAGCAGGAGAUUGCCCAGGAAGAGGCCCAGCGCGCAGAAUGGGCCGACCAGCUGGCCCAGAUGGAUGCCCUGCUGCACGACGCGGGCGCAUCCGACGACAUGAAGGCCAUGCGCGCCGAAAUGGUCGACUCGAUUGCUGCCCACGAUGCCAAGCUCGACCGCCUGCGUCCCGAACUCGCCGCCCUCGAGGCCCAGCUUCCCCACGCCCCGCCGCCCGCUGAGUCUGCCGGCCCCAAGUUCGACCCGGAGAAGCACCCCGUGCUGCGCAAGGCCAUGGAGAAGCAGGAGCCCGACAAGGCCGUCAGCUUCAGCAUUGGAGACAUGUGCGAGGCCCAAUGGACCGACCGAGCCUGGUACAAGGCCAAGAUCCAGAGCAUCCUCGGGUCCGUCUCGGCCCCCAAGUAUCUCGUCCGCUUCAUCGAGUACGACGACACCAUGACCGUCGACCGCGCCGCCGUGCGUCCCCUCGCCACCAAGCGCAAGCGCGAGCCCGAAGCCGCCGCCGCCCAAGCCCAAGCCACGGCCCCUUCGGCCCCCGCCACGUCGACUUCGCACGUCAUUUCUGGCCCGGCCACCCUGAACCCCAACGCGCAGCCUGCCCAGAACAACGGUGCGCCCGAAGACAUGGCGGCGAAGAAGCCCAGCCGCGUGCCCACAAAGGGCACGCUGAAGAAGAGGGCGUCUGCCUGGGCCGAUUUCCAGAGCAAGGUAUCCAAGAAGGGCAUUGCCAAGAAAGAGUCCAUGUUCCGCACCAGCACUGAAGCCGGCAGCCGAGUCGGCUUCACGGGCUCUGGCAAGGGCAUGACUGAGACGCACAAGCGUCAACGCUACGACCACAAGGCCGACGCCGACAAGGACGACGACUACCCUGCCUAGCCUACGCACCCUCGGCGCCUCUGG